AUGAGGAUUAAACUAUCAAGCAAGGACUAAGGUGUCUAAUAGAAAACUUAUAUUCAAAGUUUGAUCAAGAAAAAGUAGCUAGAUGCAGAUUACUAUAAAUCUUGGAUUGCAGUGGUUGUUGUAGCUAUUAUUGAAGGAACCUUUUUUUGGGCAACCAAAAAGUACCAAGGACUAGCAUUGUAGUUUUCUAACAUUCAAACAAUAUUUGGUGUUCUUGUGAUUAUGGAAUUAGCAGUGAUGAAUUAAAGAUCCCCUUAAGUAGAUGGAUUCACUGCUUUAACAGCACUAGUUGCAUCGCUCUCCUCUAUAAGCUAUUGCAAAAAAUAGCUACUUUACUGCUAUAUCAUCUGCUGUGUUUACAUAUAUUCUCGUCUCAUCAGAUCUCACCAUGAUGGAAUUAUUAUAACAAAUAUUGAAAAGAUUGUAUUUUACAAUCAGAAGAUAAAUGAUAUUUUCGACUUAGGAAACUCAGAUUGCAAUGAACCUUAGAUAGAGUAAGCAUGCUGUAAUAUGGAAAAGAAUGCUUAAGAAAGCUAGAGGAAUAUCAUUAAAGUAAAGAAUGAGGUAAAUAAAUAAAAACUAAUUGAAUGCUUUAACAAUGCCUAAAUAAAGAAAGGAUAGUUCUAACCUGGUAAAAUGAUCCCUGGAUAUGAAUUACUAGCUGGCUGCAGGAAUAUUUGGGAUUAUAUUCAACUGCAGCAACUUAUAAGAAAGUCUAUCAUCAAACUCUAGAAUGCAAUUUCCUUAGAUGGAAUCUACUUCAAAUAUUCUGGUAGUUGUAAUUUCGAAUAAUAAAUAGCUCAAGAGAUUCCCGACAAUGAAAUUGGUGAGAGUCAGAGAAAGCUUAACAAUCUCAAAAGAUUACAAGUGUUUUCAUAAACUAUUAAUACAGGAUGCUAGACUCUUGUUAUCACUACAAUUAGAGAUAUGUCUCAUUGGCUAGAGCUAGAAAAACAAAAGACACUCACAUUGUUUAAAACUCAAGCAUUUGCCUCUGCUGCUCAUGAAUUUAGAAACCCUUUGAAUGCAAUAAUAUCUUCAUUAGAUUUACUCAAAGAUAUGGUUGACAAAGAAAGAGGUUUACAGUACUAUUAGACCGCCAAGAACUGUUCCAAUUUAUUGCUAUACUUAGUUAAUGAUAUCCUUGAUUACUCUUAGUUCGAAUCUCAAAAGCUACUUAUGAAUCCAGAAGACGUCAGUAUUGAGGAUAUAAUUAUGGAAUGCCUUGAUGUAUUGAGGUUUAAAGCUGAGUAAAAAAGAUUACAAUUAAGUUAUGAGAUAUCACAAGAAUUCCCGAGAAGAUUACUUACUGAUCACAAUAGACUUAGAUAAAUUCUGAUAAAUCUAAUUUCUAAUGGAAUAAAAUAUACAUCUUCUGGAUAUGUGAAGAUCAAGGCAUACAUUUGCAUUGAACUUAACAAAAUUUGCAUUGAUGUAGAAGAUUCUGGUGUUGGAAUUUAACAAGAAGAACAAGAAUAACUAUACAACGCAUAUUGUAAAAUUAUGGCCAAUCGAAGCUUGAAUAAAGAAGGCUGUGGAUUAGGCUUAACAAUAAGUAGAAAUCUAGCUCUUGCUCUAGGAGGUGAAUUGAAAGUAAAAUCAGAAAUUGGAAAAGGAUCCAUUUUCACAAUUUAGCUUCCUAGAAAUAUAGCUAAGCAAGAAUUUUAAAAUUACAGGCCAUCGUACUUCUAAAAUAUAUUUCUUGAAGAAUAGCAAUUCUAAAUUCCUUAAUAAACAGAAGAAAGGGGAAGAAGAAUAUCAUAUUAAUAAAGGAAAAAAAGACAAGAUCCUUAUAGAAUCAUGAAUACUAGUAUCUAAACUGAAAAUCUACUAGAUGAUUCUCAAACUUAUCUUAGAGAAAAUCUUAAUCAGCAUGCCUAAAACUAUUUAAAGACGAUGAAUCAUAUAUUCCUUGAUAAGAAUUCUGUAUAAAAUGACAGCCCUAAUUCAAGCAUAGACCCAGAUAUGAUGGUUAUCCCUAAUGAAUCUGGGAUUGAUCAUUAAAUUGAUGUAUCUAGAGAUUUCAUGAUCCAUAAAGGGUCUAUGGAGAUAUUUGAAAACUGUAAUCAUGCCAAGAUUCUUAUUGUUGAUGAUGAUCCCUAUAACAUUAUUGUGCUACAAGGCAUUCUUCAGUAGCUUAAAUAGCCAGUAGUUGACAAAGGCUACAAUGGCAAAGAAGGAUUAGCGAUGGUAGAGUAAGACUAUCAGCGAAGAUUUGAGUGUAGUUUUCAUACCCCAGGGAGAGAACUUUGCUAGCAACAUGACUGCUAUAGGCUUUUGAUUAUUGAUAAUUAGAUGCCGAUUAUGAAUGGAUUUGAGCUCGGUAGAGCGGUCAGAGAAAAACAGUAAAAGGGUGAGUAUUCACCUGAGACUAAACUAAUGCUCUUAACUGGUGAUGAAUUCAUGUGCUCUAAUGCUGAAGUCAAAGUGAUAUUUGACUUUAUAAUGACAAAACCAUUAAGCGUAACGAAACUAAGAGAGAUUUUAACUUAAAUUAAUCUCUUUUGA